GGUGGAGGGGGGCAAGGGAGUGCAGACGCCAAAUAGCCAAGCCCAUGGUUUUUUGUUGUUGUAUUUUGGUGACAGAGCAGUUCUGUGUCUUUUGAUGAUUUUUUGAAAGGAAAACGCGAUCCAUCAGUAUGUCGACAUCUCUUAAAGAACUGUACCUUUCGUACAAAAAAUGGGUUGGUGAUAAUCCGCUGAUGGCUUCAGACUUUGAAAUGUCUGCAAAGUGGAUAUCAUACAUUUUUGCAGGUCGUAUUCAGAAUUCCAGUGUAAUCACAGAGCUGGUGUAUUCCAUGUCCAACCUGCUUGUUCUUUUCAACGAUUGCAUUAUAAAUGAGUCGAGAAGAACUCUUCCCCUCACUUCUGGUUCGACAUUGAAAACUUGGCUGACUGUUCUUGAAUAUGCAGAAGUCUUCCUAGAAAUUACAGCUAAAAGUGUAUGGGGGGAAAAGGGAAGGUGGAUUCUUAUUGGUCUCGUUCAAGCUUUCAAGUGUAUUGGACGUUUAAUACUUUUAUUCACCCACAAGGAGCAUAUUGUUCAGAUGCCGCCUAUUCCCCCAUUAAAACGGCGUCUGCUUUCAAAGCAAGAUAGUCAAGAUAGUCCUGCUACUAUAGGUUUUUCCCUCAAGUCAGGACGUAUUAUUCGGUGUGUUAACAGUGCUUCCCCAACUCACCUCAGGUCAUGGAAGCCACCAGCUUUCACAACAACUCUUCCCGACGGUAGUAUUCCAGAUAGACCACUUGACCAAAAUCUGCUUUUGGCAGAGACCUUAUAUAUUGUGAAGCCUGUCCUUCAUUUAUGUUCAAUGCUUCGCUUUGGGCCAAAAGCAUGGAGACCUUACAUAUUAUCUCUCUUUAUGGAUGUGGCAAGUCUCCAUAUGUUUCGAAGAGCUAAAAAGCAAAAUGGUCCAUCUACUUUGUCUCCAAGACAGAAGAUGGAAUUAUCCAGGAGAGAAGUGGCUCUUCUGCUUUAUAUUCUUAGAUCACCUUUCUAUGAGAAAUACAGUCAAAAACGCAUUAACAGAAUGUUGGAGGGAUUUUCAAAUAAUCUGCCACUUGUUGGCUACAUCUUGCGGCCUCUUGCUCAGUACAUUCCUCACUGGCAGGAAACAUACUUUUAUAUGUGGUCCUCUUAAGUUUUUACAAACUUAGGUUGUCAAGGUACUUUCUUUCCUUUAAGUCCUUAAUCUGACUCAUGUUUUUCCCAACUUUGUCCAGCAAAGAAAAGGUCUGUUCCUCUGUUAUAAUUAUUUAAAACUCCAGGAGCCUUAUUUUUAUCUUUUCUUUCUGUUCAGCCUGUUAUGCUUGUAUCUUGGGAACAAACUCUGUGAUUACGUGCGUGACAUGGAUAAUUUAAAAAAUAAGUAGGUGAAUGAUUUAAAAGGAAAAUUUUGCUCUCUUGACUGAGGUCUUGCCCUGUUGAAAUUUUUAUGACUUGAUUGGGAUUUGGUGAUUGGUCUUUGUCUUUGUGUUGGAUGGUUGUGUGGUGUGCGGUGACAGAUGGUUUGCAGGGCAGCAGUAUUCUGAAAAUCAUGUACAUGUACAGUCUCCAAAGAAAUGUUGUAUCAAAAAUUAUAAAUUUCAGU